GUGUUUUGAUUGUGUGAGUGAAGGCAAGUCUCCCGCCAUUUCAAUAUAUUGCCAUAUACUUUCUCUACUAAUUCGUGUCAUGAGUGCAUGUGAAGCUAGUGAGUAGUGCCCGUAUUUCUACCUAUCAGAAAAUACAUGAAACUCUUGAAGAUAAAUAGAAAAGUGAGGAAAAGGGCGUAAUAUAUGUAAUGGCGGCCAGUUUCUCGGUUGGUUGGUGCAUGUGGCAGUGUUUAUAGUAUUUAUAAAUUAACCGCCUUUAUAUUAUUUUCCUGAGAUAAGGCGAGGAGUUCACAGCUACCAGGAAUAGUUUGUGUACUUGAGAGGUGAUCGAAUAACGGGAUUAAGGUCUGUUCAAGUGUGCUGCUGUGGGAAAGGAAAACAACAACACUUCGCAUAGCCUCGCCCCAAGUAACACAUGGGCAAUACAUCGUAGUGGCGCCGUUCUCCUGCUGGCGCUGCUGUGCUUCUCUGCCGCGGGUCAAGAUGCGGGGGGCGGCACGAAGGCAGCCAAGGAGCCCAAGGGUGAAGGUGAGGCUAAGGCGGAGGGGAACAACACGGCCACCACCACCACUACCAGCCAGGACAAGGCCAGCAAAGGGGGGCGCUGACGACCAGGGCGGCAAGUUCUUCGUCAAUAAAGCGCGAUCCACCACCACCUGGACCUUCCUCUCCUCCUUCACCUCCAUCGUGCCCUACACCUGCUACACCACCGGCAUGGGCACACCAGAGGCAUGCAUGGGUCGGCGCCUUAGACGUUCCCGGAAGCUGGCGGCGGACUGGGAGGUGAGCAAAGACUCAGCGCGUCUCUACGGCAGCACCCUCGAGGAGGGAGAAGACCCACUAGACUCAGAUAGGGAGUCAAAGGAAGGCAAGUUCUUCUUCCAGAUCUGGAGCACCGUCAGCACCACCGCCACCGUCACCACCUUCUCCACCAACCGCUCCGUCACCAUCUCCGUCUCCAUCCUGUGCACCUACGCUGGCAUCACUUACAAUACCUGCUAGUGUGCGUGUGUUUGUACGUGUACGUGUCUGUGGUUGUGCGUGUGUAAGUGGCGUGAGUAUCGUUGGUAUUACACACACACACACACACACACACACACACACACACACACACACACACACACACACACACACACACACACACACACACACACACACACACACACACGUACACGUAUAUGCUCAUGGUGUACACGUCUUCGUUAUUACGUACGUGUACACGCGUCACGUACACUGAAGCUUGUUGGCUGUCUGUUUCUACCACCACCACCACCACCACUACCACCACUACCACUACUACCACCACCACCCACCACUACAUGAAGCGAAACAGUUACGAAAAACCAUCUAUCUAUCUUUCAUUUCCCUUUAUUCUCCCCUUCCUUCCAUCUAGUAUCCAUCUCCCUCCCUCCUUCCUUUCCUCUCCCUUCUCUGUACCUUUCCUCCACCAGCGCAUCCUUCUCUUCCUCAACUUCCCCUUCGUUAUCAUUAACUUCCUUUCUCACCUUCCAUUGUUUUCCUAUCCUCUCCACUCCUCUUUAGCACAAACAGCCUCCCGCGGGUCAAGAGGUCUGCUGCUGUUUGUUCUUCCUUUGUGUUCCCUGCCAGCAAGCCCCCAGUGAAGAUGUCAGCUUGUCUCCACGGCCAAAGGAACGAAAUUAUUGCUUAUGUUAUAGUUGUUGUUUAUAUUGUAAUUACCUAACUGACCCCUGUAAAUACACUUAGAGACUUGU